UGUCAAUAAAAAUAUAGGUUAUAUGACAUCGUCAAUAUAAAUUUCAGAUAAAAAGUCGAUAAACCUUCUAAAAUGCGGUUAAAAUACCUGUUCAUCGUCUUAUUCAUAUAUCAAAUCAGUUUAUCCAACGAAUAUCAGGAUGUAUCAGACAACGAAUUCGCCGAAUUCGAAGAAUUCGACGUCGAAGACGACCUGACCUCGGAGCAAUCAGAUGACCAACUUAAUCCCACCCAAUCCUCCGAAGAGACUCCCCCGAGCAAAAUCAAACCCGACGAAGACGAAGAGGACGUCGUCGUCGACGACGACGACUCCGAAUUCGAGCACUUCCAGGACGUGGAGGAAUUCGAGGGCUUCGAAGGGAAAGACGAAACCGUCGACGCCGAGCCCCAGAUCACCAUCGCCAAAGUACCCAUUAAUUUCAGGCAGAACUGGGACAGCUACUAUCUGGAGAUACUGAUGAUGUCCGGCUUAAUCGUCUACUUCAUCAACUUCGCGACGGGCAAGAGCAAGAACAGCCGCAUAGCCAACACCUGGUUCAACACCCACAAGCAACUGCUCGAAGAGAACUUUUCGCUAGUAGGCGACGAUAGCGUAGCCGAUAGAAACGAAACCACCGGCUUGGUUAAAGAAAGCGAGAACGUUUUUACCUUGUGGUGCAGCGGAAGAACAUGUUGCGAAGGCAUGCUAGUCGAAUUGAAGCUAAUUAAGCGUCAAGAUCUGUUGGCUAUAUUAGCCGGUAUGAUGCGCCCCACCACCGAUCAACUCCACGUAACCAUCAGGAUGAACAAAGAGGACAUGGACUCGUUCGUGUUCUGCCUGGCCUCGAAGAAGACCGCCUCGAACCUCGCCAGAGACAUGGCCGAUUUGUCCGUGUACUGUCCGGAACGGAAAUCCGGCGACAAAUACAACGUACCUGCCUCGUUCAACGUGAUGAGCGAAAUCUCCGAAGCCACCUCCGCCAUAUUGGAUCACAAGGUCACCAGCGUCAUCAACAAGUACCCCGAAUACAUCGAUUACAUACAUAUAUCCGAUCAAUACUCCGGCGCCAAGCAGACUGAUGACGGUGGGGCGCUGAAACUACCGGAGACUGAAAAAGUGAUUUUAUUCGGUUUCAACUUACCUCUUAAAGGGAUGCCUCUCGAAGAGGCCUGCUCGAAGAUCACACCUUUAAUGAACAUGGUGUUUUAUUGUAUAGAUAAGAUUAAGCGUAUUAGACUGUCUAAAGAAGCCAAAUCGAAGGCGGAAAAGAACCGCCAGAAGGUGGAGGAGGCCUUCUUGAAGUCGACGCACGCCGCUCGCGCCGAGGCGGCGGCGGCGCGUCGCGAAGAGAAGCGGCGCCUGGAGAAGGAGAAAAUCAUGGCCGAGGAGGAUCCGGAGCGCCAGAGACGGUGGGAGCUGAGAGAGGAGAAAAGACAGGCCAAGAAACGGGGGCCGAAAAUGAAGCAACUGAAAGUCAAAGCGCUUUAAGGUUCGUUUGAUCUCCGCAAACGAUUUGUUUUGCGAGCGUUUUUCGUUCGAUUGGAAAUAAAUUGAUUAUUUCAUCGAUUCGUUUGAUUUACUAGCUAAUUAUAACUAUUGGAACAUGAAUAAAUAUUGAG